UAAAAUAAAUUUCAUUUUCCCGUCGCCAUUAUAGCGGCGAGAUCGUGAAAGUGCUUUGCGGCAAAUAAUCGUCGUUAUCGACGAGGGGAGUUUCCUGCUCCCGAAAGUUUUCGGCUUAAUUUUCCACCACCUUUUCGACGUUCAAAUCCGAAGAAAUUACUGUCGAUUACGGUUUUUUUCUUGUUUGUGAUUUUAUAAACAUGGCUUUUUAAGAUGUCUGCCUUCGAAUUGUGCGUAGCCACUCCUUCUGGAGGAGCUUCCAACUCCAAAAAUACAUUAGCUUUUAAGACUGGAGGACGUAGGGAUGGACAAGAAAGGAAAUCGCAGUUUACCUUCCCCGAAGGGCCCCGCUGCUGACUCCAAAAAAGAUGUUGUCAGUAAACAGUGGCCCCGCGGUAGUCGACGCCGCGAGGCCGCAGGCAGCAGCCUCUCCACCAAAGGUGAGUCCUCCCGUAAGCCCCAGCCACAGCGGGACAGAACUUUCGAUAAGCGGCCUAAGCCCCGCGGCACUUAUCAUUCGUGUGCCUUGGUUCGAGCUGAGACGGCCUGGUUAGAGGAACAGGAGGCUGAGUUGGGUUCAGUUUUCUUACCAGGCAGCAAAAAGCAGAGCCUGAAUCACCUGUUGAACUUCUCGUACACACCAUAUUCGCCCAGGGAGGGCUGUCAUUCGGAGAGGGGACGCGGGAACGGGGGUAGCGGGGGACGGAUGCUUGCCACAAAGAAACACAAAUACAACAAGGAACAUUUUCUGCAAGCUAACUGCCAGUUUAUUGUAAACCACUCGGGUGAUUACAAGCAGUACUUGAACAAUCCAGAUGCCUUAGUUGACUGGGAUCUAGUUGAACAAGUAAACGUUCAAGUUUCUGAAUUUCCAUCAUGCCCUAUUUGUCUUUAUCCACCAACGGCAGCCAAAAUGACCCGUUGCGGGCAUAUCUAUUGUUGGUCCUGCGUCUUGCACUAUCUGUCGUUGUCGGACAAACCGUCACGGAAGUGUCCGAUCUGCUACGAGACUGUCCACCAAAACGACCUCAAAAGUGUCGUCGCUAUUCCUCAUUCGAUCUUCAACGUAAACGAGACAAUAACUUUUAAAUUGAUGAAGAGGCCGAGGGGUGGCCUCACGGCGUACCCCGCCGAUGUGAUGGUGAAGGACGAUGAUGUUAUAUUCAACAUGUCGGAGAGAGAGGCCGGUGAGGUGUAUUCGAAAUUGUUAUUAGCCAAUUAUGAGGACAUUUUGUCAAUUAUCGCAAGGGAAUGCAGGGAGUUGAAGACACAGAUCGCCGACGAUGAGAAUUACCCUGAGAAAUGCUUUAUCGAGCAGGCUAUGGCAUUAUUAAAGGAAAGAGAAACUAAAGUUUUGGGAAAAAUCGACAGCGGUAAUGGGAUUGAUAAAAGAAUCGCUAGUAACGAUUGUAAAGAAAGCAAUGUAUUUGACGAUGAAGUUGUUGAGGUCGGAAAUUUGGUAGACAGUCUAAACAUAUCACAAAACGCUAACCAGCAGUUGAAGUUCCACUAUUUCUAUCAAGCAUCAGAUGGUCAACAUAUCUAUUUACAUGCCAUUAACGCCAGGAUGUUAGAACACACUUAUGGGUCUCUAGAAUUUGGACCGACGACAAUUACUGGUAGAAUUCUUGAGAAAGAAGGCGGUUCUAUGACGGAAGAGCUUCGAAAGAGGUUGAGAUACUUGCAACACUUGCCCGUUACUUGCCAGUUUGAAGUGGCGGAGAUUCAACUCAGGCAACCGGUUAUCAAGAAAGAAACCAUAGAACAUUUCCAAGAGCAAAUAGAGUUACGUCGCAAGAAACGUCAGCGUAGGGCAAAGGAGGAGAAGCGCAGGGAGAAACGCAUCGAGGCUGAAGAGAACAGGAAGAUGGGCAAAUAUCCCGUUCCAAAUUUACACCUCGAAUCCAAUGAUCAAUUUCCAGAGUUUGGCUUUGAAGCCAGGCUACGAACUGAAUCAGAGUCCACCCUACCAAGCGACCGCAGUUCUUCGCCUGAUUUGCUGAACUCUUCAAGCGUAUCAGUGGAAAGCACUUAUUCCGGUCCAUCUUUCGCCACAAUGUUAGCUACUCAAAAGAAACAGCCCCCAAUAUGGCCAAUUUUGAAGCCAUCUUCGAGUGCUUUGGAGCCAGUGAAGUUGAUAAACGUUACAGGUUCGAAGAUGAAAGUUGGGAAUAAUGCACAAACCAAAAAUGACAGUGACGUGGAGCUGGAAGGCUAUGAACCCGUUCCGGCUUAUAAUAGGAGUUUCAGUGAUGCCAUUACACAGGCACUUCAGAUGGUCGAGGAAAAGGUGGAAGAUGAUGAUAUUCCAGCAUCAGGAAAGAAAAAGAAGAAGAGGAAUAAACAAAAGCUGCUAUUUACUACCAACAUGGCUUUUUCUGGAAACUAAUGUAAAGUUUUAUUUUAAAAAUGUACUUUACGGCAGGCAUACAUUUAGUGAUAGUAUAACUUAAUGAAGAAAAAAAUAAUAAA